AUGUCAGCGGCGUGGGAACUAUGCAAGCACUCGACAGUUUGCGAAACGCCAAGGCCUCCCCCCUUGCUUUACACCGAGCCGCGGCUCUGGCUGGCCAUCCGUUUUAUUUCCCAUACGUUUCGCAUCUCGAAUUCGUUCAUUUUAUCUUAUACUUACCCUCCCAAGGCAUUGUCCGAGGUGUCCUUUAACAUUUUUGAUUCUAUCUCUAGUUUUUAUUUUCGUGAGAACCCUUUUCUGCACUUUCAACACUGCCCGCACAGGAAGAGUGAAAAAUGUUUAGAAUGACGGCAGAGGAGACGGAUGGCAGUCUCAAGCGCUCACAAUCCGAUUCACAGGUUCGUUUCGCAAGUUUUCAUUGGUUGUCGGGAAAAGAGCAAGUUUUGAAAACUUUUUUUUUUAACAGUAAGAGCCAUCAAAGUUAGUUUUACUGCGAAACUUCACCCCAGUCACGGAAAAUUUUUUAGAAAAUGUUUUUUAAUAUUUUUUCUUAAUGCUCUGUCCUUUUUGGGCUAGUUGAACAGUAAAUGGUCCAUAUGGGUGUAAAAUGUCCAGAAUGUACAGCGCACAACUUCGGAAGGCAGUUUUGCCGAACUUGCAAUGAAUAAAUUAGAAUGAGCCUAUAAUCCGCGGGAGUUGGAGGAUCUGCUGUCAGUCGCUGACCGAACAGAGCCGAGUUUUUGUUUGCUAGACGGUGGGUCAUGUGCCCGCGGCGGCGACAAGGGCCACUCGAACGGAGUUCCAGCUUAAUAAAUUGCUCAGAUCCUCCAACUCUCUUUUUCAACUUUUUUUCUUUUUUUCAACGAGUUUCGACCCCAUAAAUGAGAAUAACUUGAUUACAGUGCGGUUCGAAAUAGGUGGAAACUGAGUUAUUAUUGUUACACAACCCUGCGAUAUCACUCGAGUUGAGUAAAUCUGGGUACUAGAUUUAUUUUAUUUCAAUUUCGAGAGGUCUUUUUUUUGUAAUAAAUGUGAAAUUGAGCUCUAAAAGAUUGCUUUUGUUUUGGACAUCUACUUUUCUCAGAAGGCUUCGAUUAUUCGAGGUAAGGUUAGUUCAAAGUUAGAAAAAUUCUAAAAUUUUUCCUAAUGAUUAAAGUAAACAAAAAAAAUAUCAUAACUCGAGUUUAAAACGUAAAUAAAUCUGCUCUCGUAAUUGACUGAGUUUUUUUUUUGAGUCAAGCACCCAAAGCACGUUUUUCGAAGAGAAUCAAAGCAGGAAAAAAUCGGGACCAAAGCAGUUUCUGAUGAAAAGUUAAACUCCAAUUCAAGUUUUUGAUUUUUAAAAAUUACAUCGAAUAGUUUUGCUGAAAAUACUUGAUUUGGCUGAUGUUUUUAUUGAAGAUUCACAGAGUCUUGAAGAACUUAUAAAUCUCUGAAUAUCAAAGUUGAUUCAAUGGUAAUGAGACUGAUUGCCGUGGACGUCUAGUACAGCUUUUCCAAAUGAGGCCUUUUUGUUCUAAGGAAUGUUAUUAAUUUUCACGAUUCAAGAUGUAGUUUUUAAGGUGAUCGUUCCUCAAAUCCAAAAAUCUCAAUCGAUGCGACGUCUUCUUAUUGACGAGCUGAGUAGCGGCGAAGCUUUUGCCGGCGACCGACUCUGGGCCUUGCUUUCCGGAUCAGGUUGGUCAGGAUCUGCAGAGAAACACUAAAAUGUUUUUGUAGGAGAUACCAAGGUCGAAGUCCGACUCAUCGGCGACUCCUUUGAAGUUCCAGCUAUAGAUGUCACCAAAAAAGAGGGGGUAAAUAUUAUGUUUUUACCUUUAUGACCGACUAAUCUGCGCUUUCAAUUCGGAAAUUUUUGAUCAACUAUAAAGUUUGAAUCAAAACUUUGCUUCGUUUUUUUUGACGACGGAACGUUUAGCUCGUGAUUUUCACAAUGCCCUGUCUUCCCUGCAGCACCGACAUAGAAGUUCAGCUGAAGAUCAGCCUCGGCGAAGACGUCAGCACUCAUUUACCGCUCAACUACCGCGUAAAGUUAAACGGUCCCUAGCUGGACAAUUGCCAAAAUUACUGAUACAGAGUGGGGCGGGCACGUUCUGCAGAGACGCUUCUCGUCGACAAUUUGUUCGAAUUCGCCUCGAGUGGAGAGGCGAUCGCCCUGCUGCAGCCCUUCGCAAAGCUCAUCAAGCAACUCGACGUCGAAGGAAACAAGUGAGGCGUUUUGAAAAAUGCAACCCUAGCGAUUUUGAACUAAUCAAUCAAAUGUUUUAUUUCUCACACCUAAGUACUAAACUUUACUGAGUAAAUGUAGGGAAAAUGUGGGGAAACGAUUUUUUUAAAAAAAUUCAAAAAGUUUUUUUCUUUUUUUAUUGAUGGGAUUUUGAGACCAGAUCUUGAAAAAGAUUUUUUAUUAAUUUUCUAUAUAAUAGCCAUUCAUUACAAAAAGUACAAUGGUUUAAAAUAGUCUCAAAGUUUCAUAUUGGAUAAGUGGAAAAAUUGGUCUGGCGUAAAGACUGCAAAGAUUUUCCACAAUUGUCCUAAAAUGACAGGUUUCUCUAGGGGUUGAAAAAUAUUUGAGCUUGUGAAGUUCUAGAGAUGAUAUAGGAAUGCUGGAAUUUGGAAAUGGGAUGAAAGGUGGUCAAGAACAAAGUGUUCACAUGCUACUUCCGUUUUAUUUCAGUGUCUUGCACGUCGCUGCUCGCAACGGACAGAGCUUCGCUCUGAAACUCUUCCUCUCAGUUUUGCCUGGAGAGGAGAAGAAUGGUGAACCUUUCUUUGCAACCUACCAGCAAAAAUAAAUCUUUCAGAAACCCUGAACCAGCAGAACCAGCGCGGGUUGACGGCUCUCCACUGCGCGAUUCGUUCCGGCGAUCCCGACGCCGUCCAUUAUUUGAUGAAUCACGGCGCCCUCACCAACAUCUCCGACUCACACGGCAACACGGUCAGUUUCCGAUAUCAUCUUUUUCAUCGCUCACUAGUGCGUAUAAAAAUUAUUCUUAAACCAUGUUACUUUUUGGUAUCACUCAACGUUUAUUCCCAAAAUUUUUUGGGAAGAAGUUCCUCAUUCUUCAUUUAAAAAAAAAAUCGUUUUUGUUUUCGUUUUUUCUUUUCUAAAAUACUUAUUUUGAUGAUGUGUCGUUUAUUUCAAUUUUCUUCUUCAUAAUAAAUUGAGUUUUGCAAUUCAGGCUGUUCACUACCUCAGCGACGCCUACAACGAGUCUAUAUUCAAAGAAAUUUUGGAGCCCUCAAGAGGACAACAGACAGAUUUAGAAUCGCAGAACGACGUCGGCCUGAGACCUCUACAUAUCGCUGUUAAACGGUAUUGUUAUUUUAUAUACACAAACCAUUAAAAGCACUCUCAGACUGAAAUUGACCCUAAUAGAGAUGUUACUGGAAGCGGGAGCAGAUAUCGAAGCGAGGGACAAGAACGAAAAGACGGCGUUGUUGCACGCGACGACCAUGAACGACGUCGAGAUCAUUCAGCUUCUGCUGCAGGUUGACCAAAAAGCAUGCGAAAGAGGACGUCUCUUGCAGAGGAACGCCGAUUCGAACGUUGAAGACGACGUCGGAGAGACUCCACUGAGCAUGGCGGCUCGGAACGCCAACUAUCCAGUACUGGGGCUUCUGCUUGAUCGGAGUGCUGACCCAAGACGCAAAAACGCAAAAGUACGCUCAAAUAUCAUGUUAAUCAUUCAUAGACUUAACAAUUUUAAGGGUGUUGCAUUGAUCGAUAAUGACGAAACGACGGUGCAGAACGUCAUCAAUGGAGAGAGGUGAGGUCCAAGUGAUACUGAACUCGAAUACCUCUGAUUAGGAUGGAACUCCCUCAAAAAGACAUCGGUGCCGCUGUUCCACACGACCUGGCGACUUCCAGAUCACCUCUAUUCGGUAAUUGAUUAUCCAUCGCGCUUCAGAUUAGAAAUGUAGGACGUUCGCAUCCAGACAACGCACCAAGAGAAGAAGCACUUCGAAACAGGGUGGUGGUACGCACACGUGAAGAAAUUCUCAACGGUUAUUACGACAUUCGUUUUUUUCGCGUCCAUCAAUAGGGCCAAAUUUCAACUUGUAACUGAGUCGAACUUCCAGACGCGGAGUCACUGCUUCGGGAACCGAUGCCGACGAGUCAUCAAGGGUACUUUGACGAUGAGGAAAUGCUUCCAGGGCCUUCUACAAGCAGCGGCGGAUCGCGUUCAUCUCGUAGGACCAAUCAUUCUGCGCAAAAGUUGAAAGGUUUUUUUUUUAGUUAAUAGCACUACAUUUACAUUUAACCUUUUGCAGAUGAUGUUUCCAACCUGGAUUACCUUACCAGAUUGAGAGUUUCAAAAAUUUUCGACGUCUCUUCAAAAUGGCAACGUCUUGCCGAGGUGAGACGGAAUCUUUUCAGGUGUUCUACGACUCACGCGAAACUCUGAUUUUCUGAACGAAGUAACAUGGCUUUGUUCCAUGAAGGGAUAAUGAGAAAAUACAAAAAUUUAAAAGAAGUAAAAAAAAACCCAUAAAUUUGAUAGUGAAUUGAAGGAACUUGAAUGCGGUCACAUGGUUGAACUCAUCUCAAUUUGCUCAGACGAUAGUGGAGAAAGCAGCUCUACUAUGAUAUUUCUCGAUCAGUUUGAAGUGAAUCAAACGUUAAAUCGUUUUUUGGAUGUCUUUAAAUUAUAGCAAAUGCCGGAAGCAAGCAUUACGAGGCUACGCGAAGCGAUCAUCCGGCUAGGCGAAGACGAAGCAGCUCAGCUCAUCGACCAGAGAUUCGUCUAUUAA